AAAUGAAAUUUAAUUUUCAGAUAUUCUCAAUUCCAAAAAGAGUAUACAUUAAAUGAAAUCCUUGAAUCGCCUAAAGUAUUUGGUCCAUUAACAAAACUUCAAUGUUGCCCAACGUCUGAUGGAUCUGCAGCAGCUAUUCUAGCAUCUGAACAAUUUGUCAUUAAAAAUAACCUUCAGGAUCAAGCAAUUGAAAUUGUUGGAAUGGAGAUGGCUACUGACCCACCAACCACAUUCUCUGGUCAAACUUGUGUUCAAAUAGUAGGAUAUGACAUGACCAAAUUGGCAGCUGAUAAAUUGUUUAGUAAGACCACUAUCAAGCCAGAAGAUGUUAAUGUUGUAGAACUACAUGAUUGUUUCUCUGCAAAUGAAUUAAUUACAUAUGAAGCUUUGGGCCUUUGUAAACCAGGAAAAGCUGGAGAGUUUAUUGAGUCUGGUUCAAAUACCUAUGGAGGACAAGUAGUUGUUAACCCAAGUGGUGGCUUAAUUUCCAAAGGCCAUCCUUUGGGUGCCACAGGUAAUUAUUUUCUAACAAUCUAAAUAUAUGGUUAAGUU